AAAUUUUGUGAUGAAGUUAAUCAGAUAACAAAUUCAGAAACUCUUUCAAGUAUAGACAGUCUUGAAGCUGUGGAGCAUGAAGAAAUGUAUUUAACGCUUAAUAAGAACUUUUCUCCAUCAAUCCCUCAAAAUUCAAUUUCGCUCAAGUCAGCAAAUCUCCAGUCAGCUAAUCUAAGCUGCUUUGAUGAAGAUAAACUAUCAUUCUCUAAAACUGAGCAUAUAAAUAACUGGCUUAUAAAUUUAGAUAAUCCAGAUACUCAGACUCUCACACCAUUCUCAGAUAUUCUAGUAUCUUCUUGUGAAAUUCUUAAUAAUAAAGAACAGAAUUCACCUGUAUUGAAUAGAAUUAUAGAAAGAACUACAAAUGCUGCUAAUAAUUCUGUAGUCUUGGUAAAUAGUCCUCAUGUAUUUGGACAAAAUAUUAAAAAUGAAAACAGUUCUGAAACUAGUGCUAUUAGGACAUCUGACUCCUCUUCCAGAGCAUUCAAAAUGGAGAAACCAUUUGUUACAGGAAGCCCAACAUUUAAAUUCAGUAAAGCCUGGACCACAUCAGAGUCAGUAACUGGAGAAGUUGCUACAUUUAUAGACCAAGAGAAACAUUCUGGAUUAACUCAGCAAAAUACAACAACUUCAGUUCAUGCUUCAGUUGAAGCAGUGGCAGGACCCUCGGUUUUGCCACCUAAUGCACAGUCAGCUAGACCUUUACCAACGGACAGUGUGCACAUAAAAGAAAUUGACCCAGUGCAGUGUUCUGAUACAUUAGGUGAAUUGAAAGAAGUUAAAGGUAAAAGGGUGCCAUAUUUUAAAGAUAACAAGAAAGAAUUGCCUUUAUUUUCAGCUCUUCAAACUGUAUGUUUGCCUCACAACACCAGUUCAAAAGACAAAGUACAGAAAAUACCUGAAACAUCUAAUGCAAUUUCCAAGUAUGACAUAGAUGAUCAUCACAUGAAAAUUAAAUAUAGCAGUCAUAACCAAAAUGAUAUGAGGCUUCUUAAAAGUAUUUUAAAGAAAGAAUCUAAAUAUGACCAUCGUUACUUUAAGGCAUUAAUUAUAAACCAAGAUUAUAAGUUUGGAAAUCAAAAAGCAGCAGCUAUCAGGGAUAGUGUUGAAUUAACAAAACAAAAAGGGAAAAGUACAGAGAUUCCUAAGACUAUUAAAAAACUGAGGUGGUUUGAUGAAAUUAGUAUCAAAGAAAACAACGCUGAGGAAAGUCAUUCAUUUAAAAGUAGAACAGAAAUAUCUCAGCAAUGCUGUCAAGAAUUUCACACCCAAACUAAAAGUGGUGCUUCCAGCAACAUUAGUGUUCCUGCUUGUGCUGUAAAUUCUGCUGAUAGAGGAAAGCCCAAGAAUGAUUCCAUCUCUGAAAAUGUUCCUUUAGGAGGAUCUGAAGCAGACCCUGUGCCUUUGAACUAUUUCCCUGUGCCUUCGGGUUAUAACUUUACUAAACAAGCCUGGCUAGCCUCAAAAAAAGAGGAGUGUAAAUCCCUGGCAUGUAAUGAUGAUUCUAAAACUCAGAAAGCCAAUUCACAGAGAAGGGGCUCAUCUGUAAUUAGAAGACCAAGGUCUGCCAAAGUCCAGUCAGGCUUUCGAAACACGAACAGGAAAAGCCCUGUCUUUCAGCGAAGUUCUGAAAGCAAAGCCAAAACCUUUCUGCAUGCUCAGGGGAAAGUAAUUGUACCUCAUCCUUCUUCUCCUCCUCCUCAAUCCACAUCAAAUGUUGGAAAUGGGAAGAACAUACAAGAGUUUCAGUAUCAAUCAGUAAGGCCUGAAAAUUCUCCAGACAUUACUACACGUAACUGUUUUCAUUCAAAAUGUGCACUUCCAGUGGACUAUCACUUGCAUCAGGGAACUCAGGAAAGUAGUCCUCUCCUCUUAGAUGGUCAUUCUGACUUGGUCACUGUGAUGCCCUCUCUUCCUUCUUACUAUACUUCCGAGUGCCAAACCUUAGCAAAACUAAGUCAUUUAAAUGGCACUCCAACAGUGGCUCUGCCAGAUGGGGCUUUAUACUGCAAUCAGAAAUGCCCUGUUUAUGAAGAAAACCAUCACAACAUGGCUCUUAAAACUCCUGGAGAAGACACUGUUCCCAGGUGGAAAAGAGGGCAAAAUAUUCUGGGUCUAAAUGGAAGGACUGCUGAUUCUACUGUUACAAGAAGGAAAUGCAUUGUUGGAAGUAAACAAAAAGUUCGCUCAGUGAAGAAAAGACAAAAUCCUGGAAAUCUAGGACAGAAGUACAGUGAGCAAAUGCGU